AUGUCCUCAAACCCAGCAUCAAACCAGGGCUAUCUGCAGAUUAGAUGGAAUCCUAAAAACUUGGAGAUCAGAACUAAAUCUGUUGAGAAGACUCUGGAGCCAUUGGUAACACAGGUAACAACACUUGUGAAUCAGAAUGGGCCUUCCAACAGGAAGAAAGGAAGGUCGAAAAAGGCUCACGUUCUCAGUGCUGCAGUGAAGAAAGCUACUGAGAAUUUUAUCAUUCAGGGAGAACAGAUAGCACACGAGUAUCCUGAAGUAGAAGAUGAUAUGCUUGCAGCCAUUGAUGAAGUAAGAAAGACCGGAGAGACUAUGGAUGAUGCUUCCCAAGAGUUUGCUGCUGACCCCUGCUCAUCUGCAAAGAGAGGAGCCAUGGUGCGAGCUGCUCGAGCCUUGCUGUCUGCUGUGACCCGCUUGCUUAUUUUGGCAGACAUGGUUGAUGUUCACCUCUUACUGAAAUCUUUGCAUUCGGUGGAAGGUGAUCUUGAAGGCAUUAAAAAUGCAACUAGUCAGCAGGAGCUGAUGGAUCGAUUUAGAGAUUUUGGAGAAAGCAUGGCAGAGUUGGCAGACCUUGCAGCAAGAAGACAGGCAGAUCUCAAGGAUCCUCGUAGACAGGAGGAAUUAGCUGCAGCCAGAGCUACCCUAAAAAAGAACAGCAUGAUGCUUCUUACAGCCUCUAAAGUUUAUGUGAGGCACCCAGAGUUGGCUGCAGCCAGGUCAAACCGAGACUAUGCGUACAAGCAACUGUGUGAUGCUGUUAACGCCAUAUCUGAUGUGGCUCAGGCAUCUGGCCAGUCUGAAGCUCACCCAUAUGAAGGACAAGGAGAAUUAGCAGCAGCACUGAAUGAACUUGAUCGAAAGAUCAUCAUGGACCCCCUGACUUACAAUGAAGUUCGUAGCCGCCCAUCCCUGGAGGAAAGAGUUGAGAGCAUCAUUAGUGGAGCAGCACUUAUGGCCGAUUCAUCAUGUACUCGUGAUGACAGGCGGGAACGUAUUGUACAGGAAUGUAAUGCAGUUCGACAAGCUCUGCAGGAUUUGCUUACAGAGUACAUGAAUAAUGCGGGGAAGAAAGAACCUAGUGAAGAACUGGAUCAAGCUAUUGACCAAAUGACAAAGAAGACAAAAGAUCUGAGAAGACAGUUGCGAAAAGCUGUGGUGGACCAUGUAUCUGACACUUUCUUGGAGACCAGUGUACCCUUGCUGGUGCUGAUCGAAGCUGCUAAAGCUGGAGAUGAGAAAGGAGUGGAGGAAUAUGCUUUAGUGUUUAUGGAACAUGCCAACAAACUUGUGGAGGUAGCAAAUCUUGCUUGCUCCAUGUCCAGCAAUGAGGAAGGUGUUAAGCUAGUGAGAAUGGCAGCUGCAGAAAUCGACCAGCUAUGUCCUCAGGUGAUCAAUGCAGCUAGAGUUUUGGCGGCUCGACCACGGUCUAAAGCUGCCCAGGAAAAUAUGGAUGUUUUCAAAGAUGCUUGGGAGAAACAGGUUCGCCUGCUGACUGAGGCUGUCGAUGACAUUACUACUAUCCAUGACUUCCUGGCUGUUUCAGAAAACCACAUCCUAGAAGAUGUGAACAAAUGUGUUAUCGCUCUGCAGGAGAGUGAUGCAGAUACCCUUGACCGGACAGCUGGUGCCAUUAGAGGCCGGUCAGCACGCGUCUGCACUGUUGUAGCUGCUGAGAUGGACAACUAUGAGCCAGGACAAUACACCGAGAGAGUUAUGGAGGCUGUUAUUAUGCUGAGAGAUCAAAUCAUGCCAAAUUUUGCUGAAAAAGUUGAGGUGGCAGUUGAUGCUCUGAAUUCCAAUCCACAAAGAGAAGUAGAUGAAAAUGAGUUCAUUGAGGCUUCCCGUCUAGUGUAUGAUGGUGUGAGGGAUAUUAGACAGGCAGUGCUCAUGAGUGGAGCUGACUUUGAUGAAUCGGACAGUGAUAAUUUUGAAGAUGAAUAUACAUAUGCUCCAUCAAGUGUUGCCGAUCGUGAUGAUUAUUACGGCCAGAGUGACCGUGCUAUGAUGCGUCGUCUGCCAGAGGAAGAGAGGGAAGUGAUCCAGCAGCAAGUAGAGCAGUUUAGAAUGGAGAAAGCCGAGUUGGACAGAGAAGUUGCCAAGUGGGACGACAGUGGAAAUGACAUCAUUGUACUGGCUAAACAGAUGUGUAUGAUCAUGAUGGAGAUGACAGAUUUUACAAGAGGACGUGGCCCACUUAAGAACACAAUGGAUGUAAUUAGUGCUGCCAAAAAGAUUUCCGAACAUGGAACAAAUCUGGACAAACUUGCCACAAUAAUUGCUGAUCAGUGCCCUGAAACUCACUCAAAGAAAGAUCUGGAAGCUUAUCUGCAGCGUAUAGCCCUCUACUGCCACCAGCUGAACAUUACAAGCAAAGUGAAGGCUGAUGUCCAAAGUGUCAGUGGAGAACUUAUAGUAUCUGGGCUGGACAGUGCCACGUCUCUGAUUCAUGCGGCGAAGAAUUUGAUGAAUGCUGUUGUACUGACAGUCAAAGCUUGUUAUGUUGCAUCCACUAAGUACCUGAAAGGAUCAAAUAAGAAACCAGUCGUUUUGUGGAAAAUGAAAGCACCAGCCAAGAAACCACUGGUCAGAAGAGAAGAUCCUAAUGAAAUAGGCGCCAAGGUCAGAAAAGGUGCUGCCACGCGGUCAGCCAUCGAGCCAAUCAAAGCUCUGAGUGAAUUCCAAGAGGUGGAUCCUGACAGUUACUGCUAA